GCGGCCGCUUGUGGCUAGGCCGGAGGCCGAGAAGAGCUGUUCGUGGGCAAACCUGGAGCUUCGAGUGGGCUAACCCGUGCACUCAGCCUGAGAAAAAGGUUCGAGCGCCCCCGAGCCGAGCCUUGCAACCGCCCUUCUGUUGCGCCGGCGGAGGAGUUAAAGUGAACAGACAAUGGCCAGUAAUAACAAAUCUUCAGUAGCUCGCCCUGUUUCACGAGGUGGAAUUGGAUUGACAGGAAGGCCUCAUUCUGGAAUACGACCCCCAUCAGGAAAUAUUCGAGUGGCAACUGGUUUGGUAGAUAAACUUAAUACCAAUACUGAAAUGGAAGAAGUAAUGAAUGAUUACAACAUGACUGAAAUUAAUAAACUUCAGAAAGAAAUAGAAAUGUACAAUCAAGAGAAUUCAGUGUAUUUGUCGUAUGAAAAGAGGGCUGAAACUUUAGCUGUUGAAAUCAAAGAGCUUCAAGGACAACUAGCAGAUUACAACAUGAAAGCCAAAGAAGAAAUUGUUCAGAAGGUUUACCCAGAGAGAGAUUUAGCAUUCUCUGCUAAGAUCACUCAGGAUAACCCUGAACUUAUUUCAUUUGAAUUUAUAGUUGACAUUGUUCCUGUUUCCAAUGCAUUCUCUAGAAUGAAAGAAAAACAAAUUAGAAGUGUAGAAGAAGAAAUUGAACAGGAAAAACAAGCAGCAGAUGGCAUUAUAAAAAAUAUGUCUCCUGAAAAACAAGUCAAAUAUAUAGAGAUGAAAACCACAAAUGAGAAAUUGCUGCAGGAAUUAGAUACACUUCAGCAACAACUAGAUUCACUGAACAUGAAAAAAGAGAGCCUAGAAACUGAAAUAGCACACUCCCAGGUAAAACAGGAAGCUGUAUUGCUGCAUGAAAAACUUUAUGAGUUAGAAUCCCAUCGACAGCAAAUGAUUGCAGAAGACAAAAGCAUGGGAUCUCCAAUGGAAGAGAGAGAGAAAUUACUUAAGCAGGUUAAAGAAGAUAAUCAGGAAAUAGCCAGCAUGGAGAGACAGCUAACAGAUAUAAAAGAAAAGAUAAAUCAGUUUAAUGAUGAAAUUAGACAACUUGACAUGGAUUUAGAGGAACACCAAGCUUUUAUUGAGACUUUUGAGGAAACUAAGAAUCAGGAACUGGAACGGAAGGCACAGAUAGAAGCCAGUAUUGUUUCACUUUUGGAGCACUGUAGUCGUGUAAGUGAAAUGAAUCAGAAAUACAAGGAGCUAAAAAAAAGGGAGGAAAAUAUGGACAAAAGUCAGCGUCUGCAGUUGGAUCUUCAGAAAAUGGAGCUUCUGGAAAGUAAGAUGACUGAGGAACAGCAUUCUCUAAAAAGCAAAAUUAAGCAAAUGACAGCUGAUCUGGAGACAUAUAAUGAUUUGCCAGCUUUAAAAUCAUCAGGUGAAGAAAAGAAAAAGAAAUUACAUCAGGAGAGAAUGGUAUUAUCAAUCCGCAGAAAUGCCUUUAAGAAAAUAAUGGAGACGCUAAACAUACAAUAUGAGACACUAAAAACACAACUGCAAGAAAAUGAGACACACUCUCAGCUUACAAAUUUGGAGAGAAAGUGGCAACACCAUGAGCAAAAUAAUUUUGUGAUGAAAGAAUUCAUAGCUACCAAGAGUCAAGAGAGUGAUUACCAACCAAUUAUGAAAAAUGUGACCAAAAAGAUUGCAGAAUACAAUAAAACCAUUGUGGAUGCUCUACGUAGUACUAACAGAAACUGAGUCUGAGUUAACUAAAAGUCUCUAAAGAAGUAUCCUCUUGCUGCUAAACUUGGUACAAGCUGACUA